GCCCCGUCCCGCCGCAGCCCCGUCCCGCCGGCGGAGCCCCGCUCCCGGGACAGGGCUGCCUGCCGGCACGUCCGCCAUGCCCCUGCCCGCCGCCACACACGCCGGCCACCGCCCACACCGCCGCCACGGCGCGGGGCCGACGCCGCGGGGCCCGGCCCCCAGCAGCCCCCGCCCCCGGGAGGAGCCAAGGCCGCGCCGAGGCCCCUGGGCCGCGCCGCCGGGCGGGCCGGCUCGGCGGGGCCGGCAGUGAGCGGGCGGCAGGCCCCGCCGCCAUGAAGAGCCCGCGGGAGGCUGGGGAGCCGCCGCCAGUUGACUGCAUCCAGCUGAAAGUGCCAGUCAUUCAGCAGCUGUACCACUGGGACUGCGGGCUAGCCUGCUCCAGGAUGGUGCUUCAGUAUCUGAAUCAUUUGGACAAUGAUGAAUUUCAGAAAGCCAUCCAGGAACUCCAGUUAACAAAAAGUAUCUGGACUAUUGACCUGGCCUACUUAAUGCGGCACUUUGGUGUUAGGCAUAAAUUUUGCACCCAGACACUUGGAGUGGACAAGGGCUACAAAAAUCAGUCAUUUUACAGGAAGCACUUUGACACAGAAGAGAAUCGAGUGAAUCAGCUCUUUGCACAAGCCAAAGCCUGCAAGGUGCUGGUGGAGAAGUGCACAGUAACUGUACAAGACAUCCAAAACCACCUCUCCCAAGGUCAUGUAGCCAUUGUCCUGGUGAAUGCAGUCCUGCUAUUGUGUGAUCUUUGUUCAAGUCCUGUCAAAUACUGCUGCUUCCUCCCCAUUGGACAGAAGUGCUUCUGCAGGAAUCCUGACUACCAGGGCCAUUUCAUUGUGUUAUGUGGCUACAACAAAGCCUCAGGGAGUAUUUACUACAACAACCCUGCCUACGCUGACAGAACGUGCUGCACCAGCAUCAGUAACUUUGAGGAAGCCAGGACGAGUUACGGCACGGAUGAAGAUAUUCUGUUCAUCUACACAGACAGCUGACACCCAGAGCUGGCACUGCUGGCCCUUGCUGUGCAGCCUGCAGGGCAGCUGGCUGCUUGUCUCAGGACUCCCCCUGCAGAGACCUUGCUCCUGAACCGCAGUGGGAUCUUAAAUACAGGAGGCUUUAUAGGCACUGACAGGACUACCCUGCAAUGCUGUCUUCACCUGUUUUUCCCUGAUGAUGUGUUUGAUUUUGCAAUGUACGUCUCACUUUUCUUCCCACCCCUCAUUUUCAACACUGCACAUGUGACAACAACUCUAAAACAUAGGCCCAGAGCCUGUUCACUUUGAGCUUAUUUUCAAACUAAACACAUGAGAAAAAAGCACCAAAUGUAUGAACUUUAACACUUAGAAAUACAUGCAUAGGUUUCAGUAAACAAAACCAGGGAAAAAAAGACAAUACCUGUUUCUCUCUCUGUCAAAGCAUCAAGGGUUGAUCUUCAUCCUAAAUCUAGGUAUUUGAGGUUCAGCAGGGUAUUAUGGAAGGAAAAAAAUAUCAACUGAAACCACUUUUAAAUAACAAAAAUGCCUUGCUGGCUCAUCCAUAUUGUCUACAUUGUAGGAAUUAAACACAUUUACUCUUAAGUAUACUUCAUGCAUUCACCUUACACAGAAUUAGCAUUUACACCACUGCAUUAAAUUUGGAAUCAUAGGUAUUGGUGUUGCCUCAAAAGUUUAAGUGAAGACUUUUUAGUUGUACUUACAAGUCUUUACUGCUCUUCACAAAAAAAAAACCUCUGAACAUUAUGCCACUGACACAUGCCAGUUUCUGCAGAAUCCAUUCCAAAUAUAAACUUUAAACUUAGUAAGCAAAUAUGAAAAAUGCUCAUCCACACCAAUGGUCUACAUUUUGUAUGUUAAUUGUAAAUACCUGACAGCAUAUAAUGGAUUGUAACUAAAACGCUGAAUCAUAAUUUGAGCCAAAUUUUGCUACUGGUAUUAGUUCAGUGACCUUCUAAGAGCUGAAAUCAAUUAAGGAAGGUGGGAGUAUGAAUGUCUCUUUGCUACAAAUAAAAAGGCAGGAACUCAGAUUUUAUAACUCUUAUACUACAGCUAUAUUUGAAUUAAGUUAGUUACUGUACUCAGACAUUAUCAAGUGAAAUUAUUAAUAAUCUUUUAAUGUAUUACCUGGAUUUAAUUACUUUGCUGAGGAGUCCUGUAAAGUACAGGAAAUAAUCACCUAUUUCAGAUUCAUCCAUCACAACUGCCUACAAGUCUUGAUCUUCAGUGCUGCCUACGUUGAAGUGGGUAGAAAAAUCAAUGUUAAUACUAAUGUAAAGCUAGCAGAAUUUUACUUUGCACUUAAGACAGAGAUCCCACACCUUUGGCAUGGUUUUAGGAAAAGAACUGUUUGAGUUCUGGAACUGUGUGAAGUAACAGUAGAAGGACAUUGUUAUUUAGUGGUGGAAAUAAAAAUAGGAAUCUUCUUUCAGCAUGGUAAAAAUAUUUUUUAAGAUAAAACAUUUUAUCAGUUGACUUACUGAAAAGUACCUGGAGAGUGUUCAGUGAGUAUGCUUAGCAUCAAGAGUGCUCCUUUGUACAAAGGCUAAAAAUAGUAACAGACAUUUAAAAUGUAGCAGCCUUUAAAAAGCUCUGAACAGAAAGUACAUGACAGGAACUUUUCAGGGUCUCAGCCUUUGCUUGGUGAAGUUAGAACACAUCCUGGCUCUUGCAAAAUCAGUAAAAAUUAGGAUGCAAUUUGUGAGCAGUAGUACCAGUACAUUAGUGUCACCAGCAGAAUCCCAGAAAAAAAGCUACAAAACCUUCUGACUCCUCCAGAGUAAGUCACCAGAAAGCUACUGGUCUGGGAAUUUUUAUGUCCACAUCCAAUUUUGUGAUGUUUGAUUUAGAGAGAUUGUUUUAGCUAUGUUACUAAUUAACAGGUAUGUAAACUACAGGUUGAUAGAGUACCUCCUUAACCCAUGCAUCUUCAGGUAGGUAGAUCAUUCAAUACCAUUAAACUGCUACAGGAUUUAUUUUAGAGCAGGCUUGGUUAGCUAAAUAAAACCAAUUCUUACAAAAGGCUUGUAAUUGACCUCUUACUCGUUCAGUUAUCCAAAUGCAAAUCUUGAGCUUAUACAUAAAACAUGAACUUAAGGGCAUGCUAUGUGGCCUGAAACGCAUAGACAGGUGUAACAGUAUUGACUGUUAAAUGUUUGGCACCCAGAGUUUAAAUACUUCAACAAAACUGAAAGAUAAACAAAGCUGUUCAAGCUAAUAUAUACAAAAGGAGAGCUCCACCAUUGCAACAGGAUCUCUUACAGCCACCAAAUGGAAGAUGGCUGUGAGAGAUGAAAACACAAGAAAGAAGCAAUAGCCAAGUGAAAAGACUGUUUAUACAACAUUCAGAUGAAAAGCAGGUCACUGCACAAGCAGUCAGAACAUCGGCAUUUUCUAAAACUUUGUUUCCUGUUUCAAGACUGUCUAUCAAAAGACUCAUCCUGAAAAUGUUUUGUCACUUUGUUUCCUUCAUGAUGUCAAUUGCAAAGGAAGGGGUAUUUUACAUGCAGGGAUUUUAUACAUAAAUAUAUUUUUAUUUGUAAUUAAGCCAUUCUCAAUAAAGGUUUAAAGUCACAGAUAACCCUGUAA